AUUGAUAUAAGCGCCUUGGAAAAAACAACCAAAAAAGGAACAAAUCGUUCCAUAACAAAGAAUCAGCAAGCGGCCUAUUUUCCUAGCGUUCCAGCAUUUCCAAAUCUGUCAAAGUGGAUCCUUUAGGCAUCUCAGACAUGAUCAAAUUUCUGCUCACCUUCGGUGCCGGGAUUUAUGUGGGCAUAUAUGUCACACAAAAUUUCGAGGUUCCUCGAGUGGAUGAGCCAACGAAACUAUGGCAGAAAACCUCGGAUACAAUAAAGGACUUUUUAGAUGAUCACAAAAAGCCCUAAAGGACAACCUCAUCAAUAGCAAAUUCGAAAUACAAACUUUUUCUAAUGAAGACAGGAGUUUUUCUUUUGUUUGUCCUAUAAACAAACAGUUCAACCCCAUUGUUUACCGUAAACUGUUCGUUUUUACUAUUGUUAUUUGUUACUUCGGGACAUGAAAUAAAUUAUUUUUUUUUAAAAAAUGAGA